CGGGCCCGGCGUGGGGGCGGGGCGGGGUGCGGAGCGCGCAUGCGCCGCAGCGCCAGCGUUCUCCCCGGAUCGUGCGGGGCCUGAGCCUCUCCGCCGGCGCAGGCUCCGCUCGCGCCAGCUUGCUCCCGCCGCCAUGUCUGCCACCGUCGAGCGGGAGUUUGAGGAGUUGGAUGCUGAGAAUCGCUGGCAGCAGCUGUACUUGGAAAUUCGCAAUGAGUCCCAUGACUAUCCUCAUAGAGUGGCCAAGUUUCCAGAAAACAGAAAUCGAAACAGAUACAGAGAUGUAAGCCCAUAUGAUCACAGUCGUGUUAAACUGCAAAAUGCUGAAAAUGAUUAUAUUAAUGCCAGUUUAGUUGACAUAGAAGAGGCGAAAAGGAGUUACAUCUUAACACAGGGUCCACUUCCUAAUACAGGUUGCCAUUUCUGGCUCAUGGUUUGGCAGCAAAAGACCAAGGCAGUUGUCAUGCUAAACCGAGUUGUGGAGAAGGAAUCGGUUAAAUGUGCACAGUACUGGCCAACAAAAGAUGACCGAGAGAUGCUAUUUAAAGAAACAGGAUUCAGUGUGAAGUUCUUGUCAGAAGAUGUGAAGUCAUAUUAUACAGUACAUCUACUGCAGUUAGAAAAUAUCAAUAGUGGUGAAACCAGAACAAUAUCUCACUUUCAUUAUACUACCUGGCCAGAUUUUGGAGUCCCUGAAUCACCAGCUUCAUUUCUCAAUUUCUUAUUUAAAGUGAGAGAAUCUGGUUCCCUGAAUCCUGAACAUGGGCCUGCAGUGAUCCACUGUAGUGCAGGCAUUGGGCGGUCAGGCACCUUUUCUCUAGUAGAUACCUGUCUUGUUCUGAUGGAAAAAGGAGAUGAUAUUAACAUUAAACAACUGUUACUGAAUAUGAGAAAAUAUCGAAUGGGACUUAUUCAGACACCAGACCAACUCAGAUUCUCAUAUAUGACUAUAAUAGAAGGAGCAAAAUUUAUAAAGGGAGAUUCAAAUAUACAGAAACGGUGGAAAGAACUCUCUAAGGAAGACUUAUGUCCUGCUUUUGAUCAUUCACCAACCAAAAUAAUGACUGAAAAAUACAAUGGGAAUAGGAUAGGCCUAGAAGAAGAAAAACUGACAGGUGACAGAUACACAGGACUAUCCUCUAAAAUGCAGGAUACCAUGGAGGAGAACAGCGAGAGCGUUCUACGGAAACGUAUUCGAGAGGACAGAAAAGCUAACACGGCUCAGAAGGUGCAGCAGAUGAAACAGAGGCUAAAUGAGACUGAACGAAAAAGGAAAAGGUGGUUAUAUUGGCAACCUAUUCUCACUAAGAUGGGGUUUGUGUCAGUCAUUUUGGUGGGCGCUUUUGUUGGCUGGACACUGUUGUUUCAGCAGAAUGUCCUAUAAAUAACAGUUCUGUCCCGCAAGCUCCCGCACUAAUAGCUGACAGUGUUGCGUUAGUCACAAGGGUUUGUCUGUUAGCAAACUCCUCACACCCCAGAAAUGGUGCGGUAGAAUAGACACCAACCAGACAAGUGAUAUAUUCAGUCCCCAGCCCAACAUCUCAGGACACUGUCCCCAAACUGUAAACAGCUAUCUGAAAUAAAGACUUGAAUGCUUGUUGAAAACUGGUACAUUUUGCAACUGUAUUCGUACAUGUUCAGUGUAAUAUUUCACCUGACCAGAUUGAGAAAUCCUCAAAACAAAGAUUUGUUUUUGGAGGCUAUCUGGAUUUUAACCUGCACCUGAUAACAAGCAAUAAAUAUUGUGGUUUUAUCUACAUUAUUACUGGAAAGAAAAUGACCUUUAAAUAAUGCGUGUAAUGUAUAAUGUACUGUUGACAUGGGCAUCAACAUUUUAUAUUCUUAAUCAUUUCAGGGUAAAUAUAUUUUAUAAGUAUUUAAUCUUACUUUUGUAGUUAAAUGUACUUUUUAAAAGCUCAAUAUGCAAAAUCUGUUACCAUAAAAAAAAUAAAUUGUAUGUUGAUUCAAUUGUACUGGAUACAUUUUCCUAAAGAGAAGUUUGAUAUGAGCAGUUAGAACUAACUUUAAAUAAGCACUUUUUACUAUAUA